GACUAACUCCCCCAUUCCACAUCACCUACCACUUCUUUAUUAAUCUCACAACACAUUAUAUCUUCUUCGUCGGUUCCUUGCCGUGACAUUCUAUGUUUCAUCUUCCUGUUCUCUAAAGUUUCUUUUUUGAGAUUCAAAUCAGAUACCCUUUGCCAAGAUUCACAAUUCAUCAAUCACUGUUCUUUCAUAUCUAAGAUGAAUUUCACCGCUUCAGAGAUCUAGUAGUGUUUUAAGGAUUUUGGUUUUUGUUAGAUAUAUUAGCAGCAGUUAAAUGGCGUCUAAUCUGAGCUCGAGGUUAUCCAAGAAAACAUCUGUUUUUGGGUUGGAAGUAUGGGAAUUAAUGGGGCUAAUAGUUGGAUUGUUCAUUGUAAUUAUUCUUCUGCUGGUAUCAAUAUGUCUUACUUCAAAAAAGAAAUCUAGAAGAGUUAAUGGCUUGCUUCCCCUGAGCCAUAGGUUAUCCGUUUCAGAAGAGAUCAAAGAUAUUAAAAUGGAUCAGGUUUCAACGAAUAGUCAUCCCCAAAACGGUGCUUUUAUGAGUCUUUAUGACAAGUUCAAUGACAAAGAAUCUGAAAAGAUUUUGCUCCAUACAAAGAAUGGGGAAUAUAGCAGUCAAUCUGGCUCAUUUGUUCACAUCGAGAAAGACGCUGCUGGCUCUCAAUCAGGUGAAGAAAGCGGUGCUAAGUCCGUUUCUGCACACAGGCCUUCUUUAACUUCACCAUCGCCUUUGUCUGGUCUUCCCGAGUUCUCUCACCUUGGAUGGGGACAUUGGUUUACAUUGAGAGACCUAGAACUUGCAACAAACAAGUUUUCAAAAGACAAUAUUAUUGGUGAAGGAGGAUAUGGAGUUGUUUAUCAAGGCCAGCUUAUCAACGGGAAUCCAGUGGCUAUCAAAAAGCUACUUAAUAAUCUUGGACAAGCUGAAAAAGAAUUUAGAGUGGAAGUUGAGGCUAUUGGUCAUGUGAGGCACAAGAAUUUGGUUAGACUUUUGGGUUUUUGCAUUGAAGGCACUCACAGGUUGUUGAUUUAUGAGUAUGUUAAUAAUGGAAACUUGGAGCAAUGGCUUCAUGGUGCCAUGCGGCAAUAUGGUUAUCUUACAUGGGAUGCCCGGAUUAAAAUUCUUCUUGGAACAGCCAAAGCGCUGGCUUACUUGCACGAGGCAAUUGAGCCGAAAGUUGUCCAUCGAGAUAUCAAGUCAAGUAAUAUUCUUAUUGAUGAUGACUUCAAUGCCAAAAUAUCUGACUUUGGACUAGCCAAGUUACUUGGUGCCGGAAAAAGUCACAUUACGACUCGAGUAAUGGGUACUUUUGGAUAUGUAGCUCCAGAAUAUGCCAAUUCUGGCUUACUAAACGAGAAGAGUGAUGUGUAUAGCUUUGGCGUAUUGCUCCUUGAAGCAAUUACAGGAAGAGAUCCAGUGGAUUAUAACCGCUCAGCAGCUGAGGUAAAUUUGGUUGACUGGCUGAAGAUGAUGGUAGGUAAUAGGCACGCGGAAGAGGUGGUGGAUCCAAACAUUGAGACGAGACCAUCAACAAGUGCCCUUAAACGAGUCCUUUUGACUGCUUUGAGAUGUGUUGAUCCAGAUUCUGAAAAAAGACCAAAAAUGAGUCAAGUGGUUCGCAUGCUUGAAUCGGAAGAAUAUCCCAUACCUAGAGAGGAUCGCAGACGCAGGAAGAGUAAUGCCAGAAGUACUGACGUGGAGAUGCAAAAGGAGGCUUCUGAUACAGAUAAGAGUGAUCAUCCAGAUUCCAAGUCCAACGGAAGAAGGAAUCAAAGGAAGUAAAACCAUGGAUCACAAAGCUAGAAGCACCUAUUUCAGGUUAAGGUACGCACACAAGUGAAUGUGCCAUUUUUGCAUUCUUUCGUACGGACCUGUGCGAGUUAUGAUAACUGCCCCAUUUUACAUAAAAUUCAUGGAGCUGGAUCAGAGUUUGUGAUGGUUCAUAUAUACCUAUUUGGUUGCUAUAACUUGGAUCAUGUAGAUGUUAGGAUGUAGAUCCCUUACACCAGUUUCUACUUUGUACAGUUCAAUGCUAUUCAUACUUUUCCUUUUGUGUUUCUAUUUGUUUCGUCAUUCAUUAGGAUUGUAAAGUAAUUGAUGAUUCCUUGUGUAAGAUGAUAAGAAAAUUAUAUAAAGCGUGAAAGAGAAGGACACAAAAUAUGUGCCUUAUUGUUGUCUAUAAUUGUUGCAAUGGAAAUUUGUUUGAUUAUUGUGGAA